ACAAAUGGGCCUAACAAAACCCGAACCGGCCCAACACCGCAAUUUCCAAUUAUAGUUGACGACAAAUCGAUCUAUCGUUAGAUCAAGAUACUGUUGUUAACAGAAAAUAAAAAUUUCCAAAUUUUGAUACAAUUCAAUUUCAAAUCUCAUUAUCUAAAGAAAACAGAUUUGAUAUAAAAUGGGGUUUUUGGUGACAACGUUAAUUUUUGUUGUGAUUGGAGUUAUUGCAUCUUUAUGUGCCAGAAUUUGCUGCAACAGAGGCCCUUCAACUAAUCUGUUACACAUGACAUUGAUCAUUACCGCUACAGUAUGCUGUUGGAUGAUGUGGGCAAUCGUGUACCUUGCACAGUUGAAACCACUCAUCGUUCCAGUUUUGAGUGAAGGAGAAUAAGAUGAUCUUGGAAGCUCACAUCAUGUAUUUUUUGUGGAUUAUUGAGUGAAGGCAAAUACUUAUGGCAUGUUGAAGUCAUAUUUGUAUCACUAUUUAUGUACUUGUCAUUGAUGCAAGACAAAUUUGAUUUCAUUUUUUUUGUAUAAUAUUUCUAAUUCCACAUCAUCUUAGAGUGAUUCUGGCAAGAAAUAAUAAGCGUCGGGAAGCUAUUGCAUUCCUUUUUUAUCAAA